GAGAUUUCGAGAGAUUUCGAGUUUGACACAAGCAGGUGAAGUGUCAAAUGCACAUCUGUUGAAGGAGAAUGGACUUCGAGAGUCCGGAUGUCGAAAAGGAAUUUCCCGGAUUGUACGCGUCCGAAUCAGGAAGGAAGAGCAAUGAGAGCGAUUUUAGUGAUGAAGGCAGCCACGACAAGCAUUCCAAGAAGGAGCUCUUGGGUGGAAAGCGUAAGGACAAAAAGGAUAGAAAAGAUAGGGGCUACGCAACCUUAGAGGGUGAAAGUUCACCAGACGAAGAUCAAGAAACUAAAAGUCCGUCAAAAUCAAAAAAGACCAAAGCCUUUAAAUUUCCUUCUAAGAAAGAGAAACGAGAGAAAUCACGGGAGAAAGAGGCGAAGGAAAAAGACACUGAGAAGGAAAAGGAUAAAAAGAAGAAGGAUAAAGAUGAGAAGGAUAUAGAAAAAGAAAAACGGAAAGAUAAGGAUAAAGACAAGUCUAAGCAAAAAUUGAAAGAUCGUAAGAAAGGGAAGCAUGUAGGUGGCGAAGGUUUGGAUAUUGGUGAGGAACAACCGGUUUUCGGUGUUAGUCUUCACUUAGCGAUUGAAAGAAGCUGUUGUCAUGAUGGAAUCAAAUUACCAUUGGUGGUGCGAGACUGUAUCGAUUAUGUAGAGGAGCACGGAAUGAAUGUGGAGGGUCUGUACAAAGUCCCCGGGGUGAAGUCAAAAGUUCAGUAUUUGAAAAAAUUGUACAAUCACCGAGAACCGGUGAACAUAUCCGAAUUCGAACCCACGGUAGCUACGAGCUUAUUGAUACUCUUUCUUAGAGAACUACCAGAACCCGUGUUGGAGAAUAGCGAAACGAUAUCACGCUUCGAACAGGCCGCGUCGACCAAGGAUGUCGAACAACGGGAAGCGCAAUUGGCGCAAUUGACGCAGCAGUUACCGGAAUGCAACAGGAUUCUCUUGGCAUGGGUUAUACUGCAUUUGGAUCACGUCACAAUGCGAGAGAAGACGACAAAAAUGAACGCCCAAACGAUUUCGAUGACGUUAAGUCCGGUUCUACAAAUGAGUCACCGAUUGUUAUUGGCUCUGUUGUUUCACUGUAAGGCUUUAUUCCCAAAUAUACAAUUAACAAAAUAUGUGCCACCAUUGUCAUCUGGUAGCACCAAUCUACCUGAUUCUGUGGAAGGUAUAGCUGCAGAAUUAUCUAAACAAGAAUCGUUACUAUUCCAAAUUCACAUGCAGAUGAAUGCUGGUUUUGUAACAAAGUCUCGCGAGGAACAACUGUGGGAAGUGCAACGAAUGAUAACCCAAUUAAAGAGAAAGUACAAAACCGUUCAAAAAUUGGAAGGCGCUAUGCAAAAGAGUUUAGACGAAGAAAUCAAAUCGACCGAUAAUGUUCCGAUAGAAUCUAUCUCGCAAAAACCAAAACCCGUCGACGAAGAUCCCGGUCAAGUAAAAUCCGAUAAUCAACCGUCGAACAAUGCGACAUUGAUAAAAAAGGAUAGUAAACUGCAUAAUGCGGAAGAAGGGAAGGAAAAAUGUUCUUGUUCAGCCAGUAAUUCGCACACCGCGCAAAACGGACAGAACGUAAAUGUACAAGAAAAGGACAUGGUUGAUUCCGUAGAUAAUGCGACAGUUACACCUCAAUCGAAAGAAUCUGAAAAUGUAACACCGAACGACAAAGCAAACGAGCCUGAAGAGGAGGAUCUUAUAGAUCAGUUGCGAGAGAAGCUGAUCCAUGAGGAACUGUUGAACAUGCAAGUAUUAUUAAAGUCUCGUAUCAGCCAGGAAAGGAACGAGAUCAAACGAUUAAUGGAAAUGCUGACAGAAUGCGGCACAGAGAAGAAGAAACCCAAAGAAAGGAUACACUCUCCCAACGAAGCCGAAAUGACGGCUAUGAUACAGCUAGUCAAGGAGAAUCAGUUACUCGAAAAAAAGAUGACAACAUUGAUACGCAGUAUAAUCGAAGAGAAAGAAGCUUGCGUGGAACUGCGGGUUCAAUUAGCGGUGCAUCAACUGAUGGCCAAAACUUGACCACAGAUCUGUUCGUGACGCUUCGGAAUUACAAUACAAAGCAUCUAUACGCUAUAAAGAUACAAUCUGACAUUACGUUUUUGCACAUAAUGUGACCAUAUAUAGUUUAUAACAUGUUACAAUUAUACCAUGUAUCAUUAACUCGUUCUAUUCUUCCGUGAAGUAAUAAAACUGUACAAAAUGAAGCCAGAA